UGCCUUGUGUUUUUUUUGGUACCAUGUUAUAAGUAUCAUCCCCACUCAAUUUCAGCUGUUGCAGCUUUCGUGGCCGAUGUUGAUAUUGUCAUACUGGUUACAUAAGGUAGUCCGUUGUUGACCUUACUAUCAUCUUCAGGCAUGUUCGAGGCUCCAUAUCCACCUUACGAUCCCAAGGACCGAGACGGAUUCUCGUAAGCUUCUGUCUCACGCUGAUUUCCAGGCCAGAGCUUCUAGUUCAGUCCCACAGUUACCAGACGGUCGUGCACCGGUGGCCAGUCAUUAUCACUGGCGUUAUCGACCGCAUGCAUCGAUUGAGCCACGACCUUUACAUCGAGCUGAAUGCAACCGAAGACGAGGCUGUGAAAGCAGAACUGACUGCCCGCAUCGAUGAGGCUAAAUCUGUCAUUGAGAAGAUCAGCAAGCUGAAGUACGAGAUGGGGAGGGACCAUGCUCUCUCACCGAUCCCCGCAGACGGGGAACCGGCGGACGAAUACAACUUGGAACUCAAUCGAUUGGCGCAACGCUCGCAGAAUACCUGGUUCACGGCGCCGUGGCUCUUCGCAGAAUGCUAUCUGUAUCGACUCCUGAGAUCUUUCCUCCUGCAGACCAGCCAUUGGCGCUCGUUCGAUCCGUUUUUCUCACAGAAGAUCGACACAUUCAAGCAGUCCGGCAAAGCCAUUCAUCAAAUUGCCACUACAAUGCAUGAGCUGGAAGAAGAAAAGGAUCGGCUCCAGUCCGAUCCGAGCAAGUUGGCUGUUCUCUUUAAGGAAAUGAUUCAGAUGUGUUUGUGGGGAAAUGCAACUGAUCUAUCUCUUCUGACACAUCUUUCUGCGUCCGACAUCGAGCAUCUGCAAAGUGUCGGCAAGGAUGCUCAAGCGGCGAGACAAGAGUUCAUACUCCGAGACAACCAAGAAGCCGUUUGGGAGCAAGUCAAAUCCUUGCAUCAGGCUCGCGUAGACUUUGUUCUCGACAACGCUGGGUUCGAGCUUUUCACUGACCUGGUUUUCGCCGACUUUCUGGUCACCUAUACUCCCUACGUCUCUAAAGUGAUCUUCCAUCCCAAACUCAUCCCUUGGUUUGUUUCCGAUGUGACACCCCCAGACUUCUCGGAAACGAUCACGAGUCUGUUGGAUCCUGGAUUCCUUGCCAGCAUAGAGUCUUCCAAUCCAGAGCGGGUGCGGAAUCUCGUGUUACGAUGGCAGAAAUAUAUUGCCGACGGCACAUUCUCGUUGUCCGUCCCUGAGACGACUCCUUUGGGAGGCGGAGUUUCUGGUGAUAUGGCAGCAUUUUGGACUUCGCCCUGGCCUUACUGGGAUAUGGAAACGCGCGCGCCGAAUCUGUAUGCCAAACUGAAAGACAGUGGUCUGGUGAUAUUCAAGGGAGAUUUGAACUAUCGCAAACUCACGGGCGACAUCAAAUGGCCGGCUUGGACAGCCUUUUCUGACGCCGUUGGCCCUCUUGCAGGAUCUUUCCCCCUGCUCAGCUUACGGACUAACAAAGCGGAUGUUGUCGUGGGUGUCGAUCGAGAAAUUGCUGAAAAGUUAGACGCGGAAGGCAAUAAAUGGCGUGUGGAUGGGCGCUACGCCCUCAUUUCGUUUAUUCCGAAUAAGUAGAGCAGAUGGAAUAAAUACGUGAGCAACAUUGUCCCGGUGAAAUCAAAUAUUGUAGCUAGACAGCUUUGGAUAGAAAUCGUGACGCAAGUACAUAUACAAAAGAUCCAGUAAAUAGAGUUUGAGACACUGUUGUUUGUGUUGUUCCAGUGUGACUUCACUCUUCUUCAGCGGCCUCUUCGGCCUCCUGCUCAACAGCAUCAGCUUCCGCGUCCUCAGCAUCCUCCUUGUCAGCCCCUUUGCUGCCCAACACAGUGGCAUUGAUGCUAGGUCUCGUCAGUGAUUGCUGAAUACCCACACACAAACGACGCACGUCAGCAUUACAGAGACCUUCUC